AUGAUCGCGGUGGCGGGCUUACUGUUGGUGGCCCUCAUUCCAUGCUUCUUUGGGGGAGGAUUUCCAAUAGUUACACCGCCAGCACCGCCAUCAUACCCAAGCGCACCAAACGGAGCUCCGGCCGCGGCGGCUGCGGCUGCCGCAUCGAUUCAGGGACCCUUCAAUCUCCAACCGAAUUCCAUCCAACAGGCAAAUAGCCAGAGCGAUCAAAACCAAUCGGUUCAACCGGACGUUAUAGCUUUCGCCGAUUUGAUUCGACAACGAAGCACGGGAAAUCGGCAAUCACAAUGUCCAUGUGUUCUCCAUCCUCAAUCCGGUCAAUGUAUCGUUUAUGACUCUCGCUAUUUGGCUUCAACAAUUGAAGAGGCUAUGUUGGCUUUUCUUGAUCUUUCCGGAGCUGUCAAAAAUGCUCCGAUUGUUAACGGCCGAACUUUCACUUGUCAAACUCCUCAAUGUCUGCAAUGUUUUGGUGCUUUGUACUACCGGUUUCAGCGCAUUGGGCUCAUCGAUCAAAAGUUCCAAUUUGUCACCAAAGUUUUGCCGCGAGACGAUCUUGAGACAACAGCUUGUCCGAGACUCAUCUUCCCGCAAGAAAAACCGGUCGCCAACCCUCCACCAGCUCCAGCUUUUGUUCGUGCGAUGAUCUCUGCCGGGAGAUCGUUUUCAAGAAAUUUGCAAGAAGUGGCAACAGCUGCCAAGGAUGCUGCUGAUGCACAUGACGAGCUGAAUCCGGGUGUCCCAAAACCCGAUGGCCCUCUUCCACCGGCUCCCACUCGACUGAACACCGAAGUUAACACUCAAUUCUUGCCUAGUCUUCAACGAGUCAACAAUGGAGUAAACUUUCAAAACAAUUGGAUUCAAAAUCAACUCGGGCAAUUUGACAGACAGUUGGGCUUGCAGUUAAAUCAACAACAACAACAACAACAACAACAGCAAACAAACAAUCAACUCCAGCAGAUCAACUCACUCCAACAAGCUCGACCAAACAUUCAACAACAACUCGUGCAACAGCAAUUCCCGCAGCAACUCACGAACACCGCGAAUACGUUAGGACAAACUCGUCCCUUCGUUCAAACACAAGUCCAACUUCCAGGAGUGAACCAGGGCACAUGGAAUGGCCAAUCAUGGAACACCGGGUCACAAGUCGGUACCCAACCAGUCGGAGUCGGAGUCGGAGUCGGUACCCCACAAACAGGAUGGAAUGGACAGACAUGGACACCCGGAUGGAAUUCAGGACAAUGGGGCACACCGGGAGCACAGACUGGAUGGACGGGAGGACAAUGGAAUGGCGGACAACAGAAUUGGCCGUUCGCUCCACAGGUGCCACAGACACCUAGUUGGCCGGGUUGGUCGGGUGGAAGUGGAAAUAACGGAAACGGUAAUGGAUGGGGCGGAGGCAGCGGAGGAGGAUGGAGCGGUGGAUGGGGUGCAAGUGGCGGUGGAACUGGUGGAGGCACCCCAGCUCCGAUUAUCAUUUUGCCAUUCGGAAAAAAGGCAGCCAAGGUCCGUGCGAAACGCCAAGACACAACUCCAGCUCCAUCAUCGACUCCACAGGGUGUAGGAGAGCGAUUUGAUGUGCAUUGCUCAAAGAAAGGAGAGAACCCGGAUGAUAAAGGAAUGCUCUCAUUGUGUGGCACUUGUUGGUCGAUUCGAAAGCUUCCCGAGGACUAUUUCCCUCGAUAUGUCAACGAGCGAUCUUGCAGCUCGGAUAAUUUCUGUUUAUCAGGUUGGGGCACUUGCACUCCAUCAUAUCGACCGGUGGAGGUUGUUCGAAUGGUUAACGGUCGCUAUGUUCCGGCAACGAUUAACUCGGCUCAAUGUUGCGAUUGUCGAGUUCAACCUGGGUCCAGCAUUCAUGCGUUGAUUGUCGGA